UAGCAUUUCGCGGAAACGAUUUAACAUUUAGUGGGAAACGUUGCAAUUGAUCGCACAACGAUUCCUACUCCAAAUCGACAUCGAAAGUAGUUUUUUUGCGGAAAACUGAAUUUGGCAGAAGCACAUUUUCUCAAAGUGAGAUAUGUAGUUUUUAGAAGCAUUUCGUGUCACGAUGAAGUGUCCAUCUUGUGGGAACACCGAACUGCAAGAACAUCAUCACUUCUGCUGCAAUUGCGGCUUUAAUCUUGCUGCUGCAAUAUCAUCAGAAACUCGAACACUGACGAAUACCAGCCCUGCGAAGUUUACAACUACUUCAGAUUUCCAGAACUCACCAGAGGCAUCUGAGAACAGGAUUGAUCCUCCUCCUGGCUCUAGCCAACCACCUGCCGUCACGGAAUCAGUCAUUGGAGGCGAAAAAAGCAGCAAUAAUGAAAUUACCAAAGAGGGUUUGUCAGGCCCGAACAAUGUUAACGGUCCAUCAAAUCUGAAUGAGAUUCAAGCCCAUCAAGAACAAGGAGCUGCUCCUGUUGACUUUCCAGCUGAGCCAGGAAAAUUUCUGGUGUCUGACUCAAACAGUGCAGCCAAUGAAAUCGUAAAACAUUUUCCCGGCACAUCAAAUUACGCAAACACUGGGGAAGCUAUAGAGCGGGAAGCUACCGAAAAGAUUCUGCAACCAGAAAAGUCUGGUGGUGAAAGUGCAACGGAUACCAAGGUAAUGACAAGCACUCAGACUAAAGAUCAAAAUGAAGUUAAAACACAACACAGGAAUGGAUUCUUUGAAGAUUAUGUGGAAGAGCGAGGUCGAAACGGUAAAGAGAUACUUAUCCCACUCAGUGAUGGGGAGAAAGUAAACGAUCACAAGCAAGGGGAGGACCAAGCUAAAGUUCAGUGCCCAAAGGAAAAGAAAGACGAUGACGAUACCUUGGGUGAAAGGAAUAUCGAUGCUCCUUGCGAAGCUGAUCGAGGUACCGAAGAAAGCCUAAAAUCUCAAGAAAUGGAAAAAAAGAGGAGAAAAUCUGGUGGUGUGGAGGAGACAGCAGAGAACCCCAUAGAUUUUCAAAAACAAUCUGGAAAUAACAACGAAAACGAAGGAAAAUUACCAUGUGGUCGUACUCUUGUUCUUGAUUUGGAAAACAGGGACGUUGUUAAGGAAAGAAACCAAGACGUCGGUGAAAGUGAAAGUGGAAAACAAAUGGCAUCUUUUUAUGGUGAAGCAAAAGGGGACUCUGGGACGUCUGUCGUUAGCAAGGAGAGUGAUGCACAACAUCUUCUUAAGGGGAUCAAUCCGCUUCAAAAGAAGCCAGACGUUGAAAAACCCGGAGGUAAAGAAAAAAGUUCAUGUCAUCUCUACGAGAAAAAGAAAGGUGUUGAUGAGUCUGAUGAUUUAAACUGUAGCGGAAAUCGUGAUGUUGGAAAGACAAGCAACACUGGAGCAAUUUGUUUCGAUAAUGAGAAAAACCCAAUGACGCUUGAGGAUUCUGAGAGGGAAGCCCUCUCGGAUGAACAUCCAAAGCCCAUAGAGCAAGGAAAUGACGUAGAGACACUGAAAGGCGAAAGAGACGACAAUUCUUCGGGUAGAAACAAUAAAGAGAGCCUUGUGAGUUUUGGCCGAGAUGACCGCACGCAAAUUGAAAAUGUUAUGGAAAGGAGAGACAUGCAAGGGACGACUGGUAAUAAUGAGCAAAGCCUUCAGAUGGAUGCUGCUGAGGGUUCCAAUGUUGACAAACUGCCACAUAACCCAAGUUCUAUUUUAAACAAAGAUAAACCAACCGAAAACACAGAAUAUGAUGCAGGCGCACAUGAAGACAGCAUCGACCCCCGUGCGCCCUUAGACUCCAGAGAUAAUGAUAUACCAACAGGAAAUGACGAUGAACAUGCUAACCAGUCGUUGGUUACUGAUGUUGGUGCAGCUACAGCACUGCCUCCCAAUGGUGUACAAUUUUUAAACAAUGAGGAAUGUAAGAAAGCGACAGAAAACCCCAAUAACCCCGAUGAAGUAACUAAUUCAAAUCUUGGAAUAAGUAAGAGUGAAAUUCUACAGUCAGGAAAUAAUGGCAACAUGGCUACAGCUUCCAACUCUCAGAAGACAGCUAAUGUAAACGAACCACCCAGGGCUGAUCAACAUUUAAAUGGGGCAGCAAAGGCGAACCAAGACGCAUCCAUUACAGUUAUUUUUCACGCUUUUCUGACGCCAACUUUUAACGUGAACUUUGAGCAAGGUGACAAAGUGUUUUUGCGUGGAGACCACCCUCUCUCUUGGAAGUCUGGAAUUAGGCCGCUCGAGAUGCGACCCCAAAGGAAACUGAAUGGCUCCAAUUACCUGCUUGAGGGGAAAACCGUGUUAACUUUCCGCGAGGCCUCUCGAACGAUUGCUUAUAAGUAUGUUGUGGUGAAAAGCAGUCAAGGAAAUGCCAAAGAAAAGAUUAAUAAAGAUCUUUGGGAGUGCCUUCUUGGGUUCAAGCCGGUAACUCCUGGGAGACAUGUAAACCGAUGCCUACGCAUCCCUGAAAGUUCUUUAAAAGCCAACGCCACAUGGCACCAGUAUGACGAUGCAAUCUUCAGUCAACCUGGCUUUUUUGAUGCUUUUCGCAGCCUCUUCCCUCAAUGGAAAAACGACCCCGCAGAAGGCCGCCGAUUGGCGAUGACGGCUAUGCUCCCCGAUUUGGCAGAAAUCUCUGAAGAGAAAGGAGCCCAUGGCCACGCUACACUGACUAAAAUCAAGAAUGUGCUCCACUGCAUGUCAAAGGCCGAGUUUGAGAACGGCGGUAACUUUUAUACACGCGUUCCAUAUGGAUUUAAUGCCAUCGAGGUAUUGCAUGGAUACAUUUCCUUGCAAUUAAACCGUAACAUCCAGACACAGCAAGUUCAUGCCGAUGAUGAGGAGUCUCAAGCCAUGAUACUUGUCACGUCAGCGAUAAUUGUAUUCCUAGCCGUUGGUCAUCAAAUAACUUUUUCAGGAGAGGAUGAAUUAAGAAAUCUUUUUGAGUGUCUUCUAUUGCAUGCCGAUAUUGAGAAACAUAAGUGCAGCGGGCUUGACGCUUUAUAUCGACACUUUCCUCAGGAGCACUAUCGACGCUCUCUGGCCAACCAUUUGUUACAACUUUGCAUGGACGCCAUUGAAUAUCAUCGAGGUGUAUUUCAUUGGUUAUUUGUGAUGCCAUUGCUUCAUUUCUUGACCGAUACCAGUGAGCCAUUCUCUUUUGAAGUGUUAACCUUAGAGCCGUGUUCAACGAAGGAUAACAACUGGUGGGGAACGCAAGGCUUGGAUUUCAGGACAGUUCGGCGACAAGCCUCUCUAUUCAGGAGUAGCAACCCAGUACAUCUACUCAUUCAGCUUUCUUCCAUGUUCGAGAUUGAUCCCUUAUUUACGAGGACGUUUUUGUUGGCACUUCCUCUACGAGACAUUGUUACGGUGCUACAGAGAGAUGUGCAGAUACCUUUGCAUGAAAUCGUGUGGACAGUAACUCGAGUUUUGGAAGAAAUAUUCCCUGACGAAGAGUGGGAUGACCUCGACCAGUGUUUAAGAGAGAUGAAUAAGAGAAGAAAAAGCGAUUUUGACAGGUUGGAACGCGUCGACUUAGACAUCGUCAUGUCUUUAGCCAAAGCAUCUGCGCAUCUUCUGCGUCAACUGUUCAAGGAACACAAUUCAGCCUUGUGGGAGAGAAUUCAGAUUUUCUCUGGAGUCUUCACUCUCCUUGGGAGCAGCCUUAUGAUGGCAAAACGCAGUACAUCAAUUGCCGUGGAUCUAAAGGAGGACCAACAGGAAGUCAGGGAAACCAUAAAGUUACUUGAAGAGGCACUACAGAUUUUACAAAACUCCUUGCAUAGGCAUGUGACCUUAAUUGAAAAAAAAUCAGAUGAAUGUUACAAGGAAUUACAGGGGUGGACAGCCUUGCUCUCCUUAAAUCUUGAAGACGAUGAGAUGCAGCAGUUUUGGCAAGAAAAAUUAAGGGAGUCACUUAAAUAUCGCAUAGAUCAGAUGACACAAGAGGAUGUGAUAAAACUUUUCUGUUCUUUGGACUUACAAACCUGCCAUAGAGAUAUCUCUGAAUGUCUCAAGGCUGCCACCUACGAGGCUGCAGAUCACCUCUUAAAGAACGGAACACUGGGGAACCAGAUGGCACACUUGAGUUCAGAUCUUGCAACGUCCAAGAUGCAGUCCCCUGAAGUCGGAGGACUCUUUUCCCUCCUACUGAAGACCUGCUGGCCCGAAGAUAGUACAGAAAAAGAGCUUUCUCAAGAUAAGAAGUUGGAACACAUUCUCACAUGGAAGCCAAUGGCACAAUAUUUUAAGCAUUUCGGCGCUGGAAGUGUCGGCAAUGCUUGCUUACCUAAUGGCGGCUUGGAACUUCUUGUUUCUGCGACCUCGCUUGUAGAACAUAUAGCACUUUGCUUGAGAAGUGGUGAAAUUAAUGUGAGCACACUACGAAUUGUCAGCAAAGACCGUGACAGAUUUUUGGAGUUAUACUCUUUGCUACCUGAAGUUCCAGAGUACAUACCUCUAAAUGAGGAAGCCGUGGCUGGCAGUGAAGCUAGCGGAAACCAGCGAGAAACGGCGGAUGUGGAGUUCCUUCUUGAAAUGCGCGCUGAGGAGCUCGAAGCUUUUGAGAAGGAAAGAGAUGCUGUUUCUACUUUCAUUCGCAUGUGUUCUAUUAUCCGAUCAGUGGAUAUUGACCUACAAAAUAUCAAGAAGAAACUGGAAAUGGACCUGCCUUCUCGUAAAAUACUUGAAAUUUGCCACAAACGUCGCCAUGGAGAUGAGCCUGCGAUGAAGUUCUUUGAUCUUUCUAUAAAGAACAAAGGAAUGAUACAAUCUUUAAAUGAUAUUCACCAUAGUCUUCUUUUCCGCGACUUUUGGCAAAUGUGUGGUCAGAAGGCCGCCGAUUUUUGCAGAGAUGAGCCAGGGUUUAACGGGACUUUCACGAUAGACAAAGUACGAGAGCGUCUUUGGCUGCCGUCCUUUCGAAAAUGGCGAGGCCUAUGGGAAAGAAUCAUUAACGGAGAAAUCAGUCUUAAAGAUGUAGAUGAAAAAUUCCACAGGUUCCGUGACGAUCCCGAAGCUUUAGUCAGGGAAAUGAAGGCAGCAUUGAUUACAUUUUCCCAUGAAGACGACAUAGACACCAUUCUUCGUGACCGUGUUGAUCAGAUCAAACAAUGCCACAAAUUGAAAGAGUGCGAGGAUGCUGCAGCCAUGAUUUCAUAUUUUAAAGAAGCAAUGGAACUUCAGGGAGACUUCCAUUUGCUGGAUGAUUUUCGCGAUCAGAUGAGUGAAGAGUUUCUGAGACGUCAGCUCGGUUCCAUCAGUUAUGAGACUUUCCAAAUCGCAAGAGCACUUGAAAGUUUCUCACGGCCAAUGAUUCAAUGCUUGAGAACUGUCAUUGAAUGCAAGGAAUACAUAUUUUGGCUUCGGGAAGAAGUGAAAGGGCGAGAGGAAGUAAAAACACUGGUAGAUCUGGCGAUGAUGUCCACUGAUGAAAGCGCCAUCGAAACCGAUCGUGUCUCCUGUCUGCACACCACUGCCCUUGGAUUCGCACCUUUCAUAUUUGACCUAGCGCACAAACAUGCUGACUUCGAGCAAUUGAUGGAGAUAUGUGAAGGUGUUUGGGAAGAGGUGGAAAGAAACGACACCUUGCCAGAGAAACUGGAAGAUAUUAGUGGUCAUCUUGAGUGGCUCAAGGGAAUCAAGGAUGAGCAUGCCAUGUCGUCUCUCAAAUUGGCUCAAGCUAUCAACGAAAGAGGAAUUUAUUUUAUAGGGACGUUGGACAACCGGAUAUCAACUCGGCCCUGUGACAAGACAAAUGUUAACUCUGUUAUUAGCCUACGACUACUACCAGAAAAGGAAAUUGGUCAGGCAAGAGAAUUCAAUCUGGAGAAACUUCGAGAACUACAAAGUAAACUGGCUCUCAUUUCAGGAAAGGAUUCACAGGGUCAGGAGGCCAUACAAAAUUUUGGAGAGUUACUACAAGGCGUUGUUCAACUUGGACAGUCUUAUGUGAAUCUCUGUGAAAUUGGUGACGUGUCUCACCUCGGCUGGAAGGAAGAAUUUAAAUGUAAAAGUAUCAUGGGGAAGAAGAUCGUUGAUGACAUCCAGUCAAAGAGCAAAGAAUUCGAUCAACGUUACAAAGGCUGUAAAGAGCACAUCAACUCGCUUAGAAAGAAGUACCACGAGUUGAACUUUUUCACAAUACAACAGCUCCUUUUCUUGCGCAAGGAACUCGCUAGUUUGAAACACGGUUCUACCAUGGAAUAUCUAAGUCUUCAAGUCUACAGUCUUCUUGAGAAAGUGUUUCCAGGUAUUCAUCGGUCAUUAUUACAGAACGUUUUUCUGGAUGCGGGGAUCCUAUCGCCACAUUUUGAUCACGGCAGCAAUGGAGACACUCUGAGGGAUACAAGUCAAAUUGCAUCCUUAUCAAGUCUAGACGGUAAAGACAACUCCACAACUGAAGUGCAGAUUAUCGAAAAAUUCGAGAACCUCCUUAAAAAUUUGGAGAAGCUAAGUCACUCAGAACCUGAACGUCUAGCCGUGGCAGCUCUUAUUAACAAUUUGGAAGGUAGUGAGAUUGAUCUUCUUGUGUGGUGUGUUCAAAACAUGGGAGACAGUGAGCAUGACCUUGUUGACGAACUCUAUGAGAGAGCCUCAGGAGAUCCCAGAUUUCAUAAGAUUGUAGAUCAGAAGGCCGAGCCAGAUGCAGAGAUUCUGCAAUCAUCCCAGAAUUCUGAUUGUGACCAAAUAAGUGUACCAGGAAGCAGUGAUGAUGAGUUGAGCUUGCCUGACGAGCCGAACCUGGACGAAACAAAAGGGGGCACUUUCUUAAGUCUGGAAGAAAUGGGGGUAUUUCUGUCCCGCUUGGCAGCCCAAAACGGAGGAAGUCCUGAAACACGAGCUUUUCCAAGUUACUUGAAAAAAGGACACCCAAACCUCGUGCUCGUAAGCGAGGAACAAAUAUUUGCUGCUGUUCUAAACCUUUAUAUGGAAGAGAGAGCUCAGAGUUUGCCAAAGAGUGACGAAGUUCUUGUGUGCACCUCUGAGACAACACCCGAAGAGGUUGAGUUGCUAUGGCGUCGAGCCCUGGUAAGCGAUGGAAAAAAAUUGCAUUGUCUAGUGAAUGGCGACGUGUUAGACUAUGAUGUCAGCCAAAAGGUGGUGGACAGUUUACACACAUUAAUGCAAGAUUAUUCCCACCCCAAAAACUUGGCCCUUGUUGUUCUAUGUAGUAGUGAAAACGAAGAGCGAGCUCAUAUAAUCUCCUGCUUGGAACAAUACAAAGUACCAAUGCCCAGAUAUCCUCGACCAGAUGAGCUCCGUAGGUACCUCGAGAAACAGCUUAGAGUGCCAGAGCAAAGGCCUGGCGAAUAUCAUGAGAAGCCAGUUAUUUGGAGUCCAGCUGCACAAGUUGGUCGAGCGGCCAACUUAAACGUUCGAGUAGUAUCCUCUGAGAACUCUGGAGUAGGAAAAAGUUUGGUGGCACAGAGGUUGGCCGAAGAGGUGGCAGCCUUACGGAACAAUCGGCUUGUUGUCGAGACAAUGGACGAGGAGUAUGAAAAACCACCUCUCUUGCGUGUGACAAUUCCUUUCCACGAAAAACAUUCACGGGCCGCAGAUGUUGUUGGUUUCUUUCUACCCCAUGCUCUCCCUUCAGAUCUACCUUUGUCCAGGGUUUUUCACCUCGACCGUUCCUCUGCGGUCACGCCAGAAUUUGAAACACUGCUGUUUAAUUUGCUGAUCUUGGGUGAGCUGACAGAUGACUGUGGGCGCGUUUGGAGGAGGAAUUCUUACGACUUGUAUAUCUUGGAAAUUACUCACUCUACCUCUAUGAAGCCAAAAGAGUCAGGGGCAUGCAAGUUUCAUGAGCUUCUCCCGCAAGUCAGAUGUUGUCUUCCGGAAGACACUAUUAGUUACUUGAGGAAAGGCCAUGAGCAAGGAGGAAUUAGCCCGUCCUUUGAUGAAGAAGAAUUGCUGAGCGACGCAGUUCAGCGUGUCUGGUGGUAUCUUCACUUGUUUGAAACGAACCCUAAGCGCAUCCAGAAGCACUGCUUUAACCCUCAAAGGAAACGCAAGGAACCAGUAGAAUGUCUUGAAACGCUAAUAAGGAAUUGUGGAGUACCGAACCCAUCCUGGUCAGAGCUUCGUAAUUUCGUGAACUUUUUGAACUACCAACUAAGGGACUGUGAGGAAAGUACCUUCUGCGAGCCGUUGUUAACUGACGACACCUUGCAAGGAUUCAAGACCUUUGUGGUCAAAUUUAUGAUAAUUAUGUCCGAGGAUUUUGCAAUGCGAUCAUUGACAGACAAAGAAGACCAUGCAUUUGAGGACUCUCGAGAGGAAACUGCCAAAUCAUACGAGGAGCAAGACAUUGUUCCUUUCCAACUGCGAAGGCGAUGGGAGAACAGCCCUCAUCCAUACAUAUUUUUUAACCCGGAUCAUGUGACCAUGACUUUCCUGGGAUUCCAAGUUGAUCAAGAUGGAAAUCUUCUGGAUCCCAAAACCAAAGAGAUCAUUGAGCGAAAUAUCAUAUCAAGACCCCUUCGAACGGGACUUCAUGUGCAGAAAGUGGAUUUGGACAACGACUUUGAGUCGUAUUCGAAGGGUGACAAAAUUCAAUUGCUGUGUUCUGUCAUGGGGAUCGAGUGUGGUUAUGACCCGGAUGAGUCAUACGAACUAACGGGUGAUAAUGUGAAGAAAAUUCUGGCCAUCCAUAUGAGGUUCAGAUGUAAUAUCCCAGUUGUGAUCAUGGGUGAAACAGGAUGUGGAAAGACAAGACUUAUUCGAUACUUGUGCGGACUACAGACUGAAGGAGAGGUGGCAGAACGUAGAAAUAUGAUCUUAAUGAAGAUCCAUGGCGGCACCACUUACAAAGACAUUGAAAGAAACGUACUUCACGCUGAGACAGUGGCUGACAAGAAUGAACUUAGCGGGAAAAAAAUGGACACCAUUUUGUUUUUUGAUGAGGCGAACACCACUGACGCUUUGGGAAUGAUAAAAGAGAUUAUGGUGGAUCGAAGGUGUAAUGGUCGUCCCCUGCGUGACAAUCUGAAAUUCGUUGCGGCUUGCAAUCCAUAUCGGAAGCAUACGAAAGAAAUGAUACAUAAACUAGAGACGGCAGGAUUGGGCUAUCACAUCACGGCGGAUGAAACUACUGAACGCCUCGGUGGAAUUCCGCUGCGUCACCUUGUUUAUCGAGUGCAUGCUUUGCCAGAAAGCAUGCGCAGUCUUGUGUGGGAUUUUGGGCAGUUGAAUGCGGAAGUGGAAGAGCUUUACACUCGUCAAAUUGUUGGAAAAUAUGUACGUGAAGGUCGUCUUCCGGGAGAUGAAAACUGGGUUAUCGCCAUAGCAGCAGUUUUAACAGCCUCCCAGCAAUUCAUGAGAAAUAAAAAGGAUGAGUGUAGUUUUGUGAGUUUACGUGAUGUUAAACGAGCCAUGGAGGUCAUGGUUUGGUUUUACCAACACUUUCAAGAUUUUUCUGAUUUGAUGAAAGAGGAGCAAAGUGAAAAUGAAGAAGAAAGUAGUAAUGAGAGUGAAUCUGAAUCUGAAGAAGUCUCAACUAAUGUCAGUAGAACUCCUUCUGAUUCUGAAGACGACCAAUGCGGUCAGGAAAAAACUACAACGACAAUUCAAGACGCCAGACAGAGUCUCCGAGAUCACGUUUUAGAAGUUAAUUCCAUAAGAAAUGGGGAAGAGCGACCUACAGUUAGUCAGUUCAUUUGUGAUUCCAAAGAAACGGCAUCUGUAGUGGGCGAGCCUACGCAAGUGUUUUCAAGGGCCGUUCCUCUGGAAAUGCUCGACUAUGCAGACAAAAGAGGAAGAGAAGAGCGACCCUCUGUUAGCAAGUCCAUGUAUGAGCCAAAUUUCUCUUUUGCUUUAAAGGAAACAGCUUCUGCAGAGUGUGAGCCCUCGCAAGUGUUUUCAAGGGCCAAUCCUCCGGAUAUAUUGAACUUCCCAGAACCCUUUGUUGUACCGCUUGGAGAAGAAAUCGGUGAUAUCAGCGACAGUAUUGACCCGCUCACUUGGUCUUUGAUUCUUGCUCUUGGUAUUUGUUACCAAGCACGAUUAACAGAGAGGAAAGAAUUCCGCGGGGCAGUAGCAAAAUCAUUUCGACCACCAUGCAGGCUUCCCGGCGGAGCUGCAAGGAUUGAACGGGAGAUAAAUCGAUGUCAAGAAGCUUUGAUGGAACAGCUGGAACUUGGACCUAACAUCGCCUGCAAUGAGGCCUUAAGAGAAAAUGUGUUCAUGAUGGUGGUGUGUAUUGAGCUUAGGAUCCCAUUAUUCGUCGUCGGUAAGCCGGGCAGCUCUAAAUCACUAGCGAAGACUGUUGUUGCGGACAAUAUGCAGGGAGGAAGAUCCAAACAUGGCCUUUUCAAACGUUUUAAACAGAUUCAGUUGGUAUCAUAUCAGUGUAGCCCACAGUCUACCCCUGAGGGAAUAUUGGCAACAUUUCAACAAUGCAGUGAACUGCAGGAAAGUAAAAACGAGGGAAACACUUCAGACACGUUUGCUUCUGUGGUGGUGCUAGAUGAAGUAGGACUGGCGGAGGACUCACCCCAAAUGCCCUUAAAAACUCUACAUCCCCUCCUGGAAGACGAUGACCAAAGUGACGCGUUUGUGAUCCAGACUGGAAAGAAUUUUGCACGUGUUGCUUUCAUUGGUCUGUCUAACUGGGCCUUGGACCCUGCUAAAAUGAACCGCGGGAUAAUGCUUUGCCGCAAUGAGCCUGACGAAGACGAACUAGUGGAAACCGCAAGGGGUAUUUGUGGAAGUGAUAAGGACAUCGUGACUCAUAUAGAACCCCUUAUAAAUUCGUUGGUCUGUGGCUACAAAGAGCUUUACGACAAACAGAAAGAAUUGAGGAAACUGAAAGAAGGAAAGAAAGACGAAUUUUUUGGACUUCGGGACUUCUACAGUCUUGUAAAGAUGAUCGUCUCCAUUGCAAAGAAUUCGAAAGAGAAACGUCCACCAAACGGGAAGGAGCUCGAACACGCCGUUAAGAGAAAUUUCAGUGGCUUAGUGGACAACAAAGAGGAUUUUAAGCCUGUUAAAAUUCUCAUGGAAAAUAUUGUCCGAGAGGAAUAUUUGCAGGAUGAAGAUGAAUUCAUGGAAGACGGGUCUCUAGAGCUUAUCCGGGAAAGCCUAAACCGGGAUAGUGUGAUGGGAGAGGGAAGAUAUCUCCUUAUCAUGACUGAGAACUUUGCAGCUCUUCCAAGAGUAAAACAGCUCUUGUUAGAGCAAGAUAAAGAAGAGCCAUAUGUUAUCUUUGGCAGUGGGUUUCCAAAAGAUCAGUUGUUCACCCAGGUUUGCCGCAACAUCAACCGGAUUAAGAUGUGUAUGGAGACAGGUAGAACGGUGAUUCUGCUCAAUCUUGAAAACCUCUAUGAGAGCCUCUACGACGUCCUAAAUCAGUAUUACGUCACCUUUGGAGGAGAGAAGUAUGUCGAUCUAGGGCUUGGGAAUAAUCGAGUCAAAUGCCGCGUUCACAAAAACUUCAGGCUAAUCGUCAUCGCCGCAAAGGACGUGGUUUACAAUAAGUUCCCCAUCCCUUUAAUAAACCGCCUGGAGAAACACUUCCUUGUAAUGUCAUCUGGACUCACUAUACCACAGAAAGAAGUGACCAGGAAAUUAAAAGUUUGGGUGGACAACUUUGCUGACAUCUUUCAGCUUCCUCACCAAAAACCGAGAACUUUCUCAAAAGGAGAGGCCUUUAUUGGUUACCACGAGGACACCGUCCCGGCUAUUGUUUUGCAAGUUUGUGCUGAGGUCCAUAACGACGGAGAAUUUUUGUCAGACGAAGAAAGAGAGUCUUGGGAGGAAAACGUGCUGAGAACAUGUAAGGAGCGUUUGCUACAGUGUGCGACCCCUGACUCUGUUACCCGUCUCUCUUCCUCGCGUCUGAGGUCACAGGCAAAGGAAUUAUGGACGACGUACUUUCACGAGCAGGAACACUCAAGCCUGGCAGACUUUUUAGAAAAAGUACUCGGAGAUGUCAAGGUUACUGACGAUGAAGUGGCUAAAGUACCACUACGUGCUCAGAUAUCGACACACUCUCGACUUCUCUCUAAACAAGACAUUUCUACCAUUGCCGCUGCUGUACAGCUUCCUCCAAAUAGUGUGAAGUGUGCCUCACUGCAACAGUUUCAAACCGAACAGCAAUUUUUAAACUGCAUAGGGAGAGACUUCUGGUCCAUGCUGGGAGGCAGGGAGAGCCUGUUAAUCGUUCAGUGCGAUUCCGGGAAACAAAUGCUGGAUUUGACAGCAUGCGCUCGUCAUUUGCUCAUCGAAGAGUGUAAGGAAAUGGAAAACGUGCUAAGUACAGGUGCCACUGAUUGCAGUCACAUCGUUAUGAUUGUACAGGUGCCCAGAGUGGCAGGGGGCUGUCGAGAGUUCGUCAGUGUGCAGGGUGAAAAUUGGUUAUCUGUCCACAUUGACGAGUUGUGCCCUCCAAGUGAAGAAAUACCUCCGGUUGAAGUACUGAAGGAUCGUUCAGUUAGUGAAAUUUUCGAGAGUGCCAUUACUGAGACAGGAAGCAAUUUGACUAUUGGCCAAGUUCUUAGAAGUUGCGUACAGAUAGCAGCCAGCAAGAUUGAGGAUGAUGAAUCGACACUUGGAAGGGCAACUAGACGAAUUGAACUGUUGCUUAAGUUAUUUUCUUCGAGAACGAAGGCUGAAGAUCUAUGUGACAACCGCUUUGAGAAGGUGCUUGCCAAACGAAUUCAUGUCCUACUACAAGAAAAAGACAAGCGGGCACUAGAAGAGGGGAAAAGGUGGCUUGAGGACGUAGCCAAAGCGUGUACUAUAAACGAAAAUGGAACUUUCAAAAAGGCACUUUGGCGUCGUUUUCAGUCUGUUGUGGCUCCUAUCCUGGCAGAGGUCAUCGCCUACGUUGACCGCGACGGAAACCUUGAGCUAGCUGCAAGCAAGGAUACCUGGAUGUCAAAACUUUGGUUAAACGUCCUUGAAGACAGUUCUCUUGCUACUAUUAAUUAUGGAAUGUUCAUGACACGUGAAGAAGAUGUGAAUGAAGUCCGAAGCAAGGUUCCAGUAUUGAAAUCAGGGUAUCGAAGGCAUGUCUUCCAGAGCAGGUUUCCAUUUUCAUGGCUUCUCAAAGAACGAAUUGAUGAGCUGUAUCGAGAGGCCAGAAGCAUCGCAGCAAAUUCUCUUGAGACUGUUACUGAAUGCUUACGGAAGUUUUUGGAUGGCUCCAACGUGGCGCAGAUAGUUUCGGACGCCAUCUCAGAAGGGGGCGAAGAUUCUGUAGCCCGCUAUUUGCAUGACUUUGCACAUAUGGUGAACAAACCUCAAGAUGAAGCUGAGACUGAGAUUGUCAUAAAAGCGAUCUGGGCCGCUGCAAAAGAGAUUCGUGCCCCACGACAGUCAGCACAUGGGACGUUGAUCAUCGAUUUUGCGCUGGUUCAUGUGGGACAUUCUCGCAUUCGACAUCGACUUCACUGUCUAUCGCUCUUACUUCGGGCCCAACCUGAAAUUGUGCACGACCUUCAAAACAGGUUUUCGUUGGAUGAAGACGAAAUGACUGUCGAUGCUACCGCUCUACAAAUUUACUUGGAGCGUAUGGCACCUUCUGCAGAGGAUCUGAAGACCUCCUCGCAGAGACAAAUUUGGUGUGACUCUAUUAUGUCAGUGAAAAUGCCAGUGGACGAAAUGAUCGGUGAGAUUGGAACCGAAGGCAAAGAACGUGUUGGAGAAAAGACUCAGUCAAUGCUGAUACAAUGCAGAUCUAUGUGGCAACGUUUAAGUGCGGUGAGAAUGUUUAUCGAACACGUGUAUCCUUCCGAAGGUGGAGUAGAUAUACUGGAUGUGCAGCAUGUUUUGAAACUUUGGAAGGCUCUAGCUGAUGGAACAGAUUUCACAAAGGCCAAGUCCCUCACUAUUCUGGAACGAGUUUUGCAUAGCUGUAAAGAGGAUGUAAAACAACGACUGCAAGAUGACGACCCUAAAGUGUUUGCAAAGUUCCUUCGAAGUUGCAACGCAUUCUUGAUGGAGAUCAUUAAAGUGUUUUGCCUUGGGGACGACGUGCAUAAUUUGGAUGCAGACGUAUUUGAAAUGCUUAUGAGAUAUGUUACAGGGACACAAUCUACCUUUGAAACGAGAGAAUUCUCGCUUUUCCCUGAAUUUGGAACAGACAGCAGUCCUGUUGAGAGAUCAUUCCUCUUGCAACAACUCCUCAAUUCCAGUGGUAAAUUAGUCAAGAGCCACCUCGAACGUUUCCUCUUCGAAGCUCAAGGUCUGCCAUCAGAAGUGCCUCAUCUCCUGAAUGUCUGCCUGCUUGCCGUGCAGUGUAUGGAGAACUCCUGUGACAGGACGUUCGCCACAGGUGUCAGCCUCGAUCUCCACUUGCAAAUUGGUACCGUCAAUAGGUUUUGUCAAGAUGCACUUGAAAUCUUACAGAAAGACCUUACCACCAGUGAUGAUGAGAUUGAGGUUAAAUCACUAGAGGCGAUAGCGAAAGCACGCUCCAGUCUAAGUUGGGCUGCGCAGUUUAUUUAUUUGAGUUGUGUUAGCGGUGACGAAAAGUGGCACCGAGAUGACACGCUUGGAGCAAUGGAAUUCCUCUUGAAGACUGUUCAGGCAUUGUGCACGUCGGUUCAUUUUAGUUCCCCUGCUCUCUUUCUGCUCAAACAGCUGGUCAAACGUUACGGGGGACACGCAAUUUCUACAGUGUCGCAAAACCCAGAGCUCGCUUGGAUCGUACCCGUAGAACUCUCGCGGAGAGAGGACACAGAGAUGAAUCUGGAUAGGUUCUUGGUGUAUGGAGAGUUGUACCGGGGAGUAAGAGAUGCGAUAGCCAGAGCAAUUUUGAGUGACGACACACAUGAGCUUGUCGUAUCAUUAGAGGCAUUAUAUGAGUUUCCGGGGCAUUCUACGGCUAAGGACAUCGUACUGCUUCUAGCUUUGUAUCGAGAGAUCACUUUACCGCAGAGAAUGUCGGCUCAAGACCAGCAUUUUCACCACGAAAAAUGUGCUACUGCGAUAAGAGACGUCCUUCUGAAUAGGAGGAGAAUGAUAUCCCAGAGUAUGCAACAUUUGGUCAGAGAUCUCUUGAAGAAUUCUCAGAACUCUGACUUCUCAUUCCUUGUUGGCCAAGAGACUCAGAGCGAGACAGAAAAGGCUCUUCCCGAAAUUCUGUUUCACGUGACCUCUGUUCUUCGCUGCAUCGGUUUUGAUGAGCUCCUAAACCCUUUAAGGGAGAUUGUUCUCGCUCCAAGUGAAAUGCUGAAUUCUUUUCUCCCGACAAUGCCAGAAGACAUUUUUGAAGAGACUCGUUUGGCCAUGACAGAGCAGAAUGGUCAGUGGUAUGAAUGCGGAAAGGGCCAUCCAUACUUUGUUGGUGAUUGUGGCAGACCAAACCAGCAGCGUGAUUGCCCUUACUGUGACUCGUCGGUUCCGAUUGGAGGGCUAAAACACCAUUUGGUUCCAAACAACAAACUGGCACGCCGGGACGACCGUUCUAACAAAGGUCACAUCUUGGGAACGCCCAAACGGAUCGUAGGUUCUGAAAGAGAUCUGUCUCCUGCUAUGGUAAGCCUCUUGAGGUUUAUCCUCCAUUCAGCGAUGCUGUCCGGAGCCCAAGAACAACCCAAGGUCGUUAGUCAGCUAAUAAGCGAGUCAGAUGUUCAGCCACACGAUGUUGGGGGUUUCCUCUGGGCACAUCUCGUCAAUGAUGUGCAAAAUGUAUCGACCAGCCUGGAAAGAAGCGUGGAUGAAGUGGUGCUGAUGAUUCAUGGCGUUUUAGCUGAGAUUGUGUAUCGUGCAACAGCCAGAGGUACAGAUGGUGUAACAAAGUGGUCGACUAAAGCGGAGCGAAGAGAAUGGGAAAAUCGGUUUUCUUCCGUGUUUGUGAGACCUGUUUGCACGAAUUUGGAGGAACGACUGCAGAAUUUCUAUACACUUUCUAUCAACGAUAAGAGAUUAGGGAGUGAUCCACUCAUGCGAGAGAUUUACGAGGUGGAUGACCCUACACCUCCUCGCUUUCCAACAGACAUCCAUCCUGGAAACCCAUCCUUUUGGAAAUAUAGAACUCGUUUGACUGUUGAGCAUUUCAUACGUCAGUUUCAAGACGUCAGGUCAAACAAGGAUCCAUGCAAAAUCCUAGGAAAGUUUCUCAAGCAGGAGCACAAACUUCGCGCAGUACGUCAUCUGCCGGAGAUUUUGGCUUUGCUAAGAAUACUAACUGAUCGCUUUUAUCGACGAAUCAAUCGAGAUGAAGCGAAUAAGCUCAGGAUACGGGAGUUUUUGAAAAAAUUGUCGAAAGACCAAAAGGAAAGCGUCACAAAGUUAUUCAAAAGUUUUCGCACUGCUUGGGAUCAAGCACGCUCCCAGCUCAGUUCUCAAGGUCGUUUUACCCCUUCGCAAGAACAGUGCUCCAAACCAAUUGAAAUGAACUCCAGCGUGUCAGUAUUGCUACCAGAUAAGGCUGGCCCAGGUGUUUGUUGCAAAGCUUUACUGUUCUUUUUGGUCAAUGCACAUAAUGAAAUGGUGGAAACAUACCACGCUGCCUUUGGAUCUGACGGAAGGACACGUACUACCUCCAAGAUUCCUCUUGCGGAGGUUUCGGCAUCGCAGUUGGUAGCAUAUGACUCAGAAAAGGACUUGUUACCUGUGAUGCUAGCUAACUGCACCUACUCACUGGAGGUGGGGAAGGAAAAAAAAUUGCAGUAUAACUGGGAAACCCUCCAGAAGCAGAUAGUCGAUAAGUUCAUACGUGGAAGGCCUAUCGUGGAGUUUAAGCUGGAUGAUUUCGUGUUUCAUGAAGAUGACUGCGAUAUAUCCUUCGUCAAGUUGAGGAACAAGAUUCCACAGGAAUCAAUUGAUGGUCAUAUUCGAAACCAGAUUCUCUCAGAAUUGAAGGAACUCAGGGAUGUGAGUGAAUUACUUUCUACCCUGGAAAUGGCAAUUGGUUUCCUGUCAACAGCAGGUGGAGAUUCGGAAACGAAAGUCUGCGAUUAUCUAAAGGAGUUUCUUCUUCUUGGUGAUAGAAAGUCGAACUUAAAGAGUAAAAAGGCUCAACAAUCUUGCUGUCUUUGUCACAUUUUGGAUUUGUGGUCAACAAUCGCCGAAGCGCGUGCGAGAUUCUUGUUCAAGAAUAGACAGGAUCCGUUUGAAAAGGUUUCAGACAGUUUUAAAGAGGAAAUGCCAAAGAAUACAAUUUUAUUACUUAGUGCAGCAUUGAAAAGAAUGGACGUUGACUUGUUUUUGAGUAGAGUGAUUGAAGUCAUCAGUUUGCUGCUUGUUCAUGAAGAAGAAAGAAAUCGAGAAAUGGGACUCAGUGAGUACUUAUCACGUGUCUUUGAUGACAGCUCCGACUUGGAUGGGAUUCCUGAGGAAGUCAAAGUAAUGCACGUAAUUCAUGCGUGCAAACUUGCGUUAGAUGUGCGUGUGAGAGACUAAGGAUAUAAAAGGUCCAUGGUGUACUAAGACUCUAAAUUUUAGAGUUCAAGAACCCAUCAGAUUUUGUGUCGUUCAUAAGCUAUUUGAACCGCCAGAAUUUAAGUUUUCAUCCUGUAUCGCGAUUUGAAGGACUUUCCAAACUGAAUAUCGCACAUAUGCAGAAUGAAUAUUUUUUUCAAGUUAUGUUCAAUUUUAGCAUUAUACCUCAGUUCACAUGUAAUACUUAAAUAAGGCAUUUGCCAGGUUUAAAUUGACGAAUAUUAACUUCAAUCAAUUCUCAGUAAAUCAUCUGCUACAGGUUGUUAUCAACUAAGCUUAAUCCCUUCCAUUUAGCGGGACGGAUAUGGGCAUUUGAGCCGUUUCGAUCAGCAUGCUAAAACGAGAGUUCAAAAUUCACUCAGCUCAAAUUUAAUACUCAAAAUUAGGAACCUUCCAGGUUUAAAUAGACGAAAAUUAACUUCAACCAAUUUUCAGUAAAUCCUUUAUCAGCAAUAAAGGGUAACAUGUUGUUAUCAA